CAUUUAUUUUGUUUACAUUAUCUUUUUUAAAACAAAAAUUUAAAAUUAAAAACUAAAUACACGUAUUUAUUUUCAUAUUUUGGAAUCCUUUAAUUGAAUAUGAAACUGCAUUAAGUGCAGUCUAAAAGUAAAACAUUAUUAUGGGGAGGCCAAAGUUAAUAAAUUUUGAAGAAAAUAACUUUGUAUUAUUGCGGAAUGGUAGAAAAUAUACUGCUCAUUGCAAUAUUUGUCAAAGAACUCUAUGCAAUACAGCCACAGCAAGAUUAUUUGCGCACAGAAAAAAGUGCAACGAUGCAAAAAAUAUAAUGCGGAAGGAAGAUUUGGAAAUAAAAUCACUCAAAGAUGAAUUAACGGAAAACAAUCAAGAGGAUCCAUUACAUAAUUAUUCUCAAAUUCCAACGAACUCAACAGAAAGUAGUAAUAGUACAUUAAGCACAAAAAAAGUUUCUAGAAGCGUAAAAAGUGAACCAGAUCGCCAAAUUGAUGUCAGUCAAAAUAAUAUUCAUUCUAAUGUAAAAUAUAAGCUUAAUGAUGAAGAAAUAUUGGCUAUGUCUUGGGCUCUAGAAUUAAAAAACGCUUCACCGCAACAAAGAAUUUUUGCUAAAAAGGCCAUAAAUGACAUUUUGUUUGAGGCACAGCUCGGUACAUUACAUAGAAAUUCAGUACAAAUAAAUCUUCAAACAUAAUAACAAAGAAGAAUAUAAUAGUAUUAGCAAUAUUGUAUUUAAAAAAAAGAUCUCGAUUAAGGCAAGCUAUGUGUAUGCUCACUUUAAAAUUUUGUACAAUUUAAAAUAUUA